AGGCAGCCCAGGAAGAAUUUGAAGAAUGCGUGGGCUGUGGCAGGUGGACGUAGGAGCCCACAGCUCCCUGCCGUGACGACACAGAGGGCCAGCGGGCACUCGGAUGUCUAAGGCCCUGCCUCGGCAGAGUGGCCAUGUCAGAAGGGGAGAGCAAGGACAGCUCGGGCAGCGAGUGUCCCGUGUGCUACGAGAAGUUCCGCGACCUGGACGGCGCCAGCCGCACCCUGAGCUGCGGCCACGUGUUCUGCCACGACUGCCUGGUCAAGUACCUGCUCUCCACCCGCGUGGACGGCCAGGUGCAGAGGACCAUCGUCUGCCCCAUCUGCCGCUACGUCACCUUCCUCAGUAAGAAGAGCUCCCGCUGGGCUUCCAUGCUGGACAGGAGCUCCCAGACCUUGGCCGUGCCCGUGGGCCCCCUGGCCGCCUCCCCGACGGCCUGGAGGCCGCCCCCCAGCCAGGGCGCCCAGCUCCCCUCGGACCCGCCGCCCGGCCUGGCCCGGGAGCCCCAGGUCUUCGUCAUCAGCCGCCACGGGAUGCCCCUGGGCGAGCAGGACAGCGUGCUGCCCCAGCGCAGCCUGGCCGAGCUGUCGGAGGCCUCGCCGGCCCCCAGCUCCCGCCGGGCCUUCUGCUGCCGCUCGCGGGCCCUGCUACUCAUCACCCUCAUCGCCGUGGUGGCCGUGGUGGCCGCCAUCCUGCCCUGGGUGCUGCUGGUGAGGAAGCAGGCCUGACAGCCGCCCUGGGCCGACCGGGGCCUGGACGGGGCGUCCUCACUUCUCACCUCUGGCUCCUCCCGCCCGGCGGGGGCCCAGGGAGGCUGGGGCUGAGCGCUGGGCCCAAACAGGAACACCAGGUUCCGGGCCAGGGUGCAGAAGGCAGUGGAGGCCCCUCAGGAACCACAGCUGCGCCCCCCACCCCCCGGGUGGGGGUUGGCAGUAACCUCAGCAGACCCCCCCCCACCCCCCCGCCUCCUCCAGGCUGGUACUGAGCAAAAUGGAGAGCUGGUGGCUUCCCCCUUCCUGUGGGGUCACCAGCCCUGAGGCGUCCUCCUUCUCUGCCAGGUGACCCACCCGAAGCCAGGUGGGGCUCACCGGUAGCUGGCUGGGGGCCCAAUGGCAGGACCCCUCCAGGUCAGAAUUCCCACCCGGGGUUCUCUAGUCUGCUGUCGGGAACAAACAGAAGCAGUGGCUCAGGGCCCGAAAGCGCCCUUCCCAGAAUCUCAGCAAACGUCCUCACGGCUGCCCUCCCGCCCCCAAGUCCUCCUGAACCCCAAGUCCCCGGCCUGGAAGGCCUUCCCUUGUGGGGAGGAGCUGAUCUCAGGGGCUGUGGCCCCGGGGACCUCUGGGGGAAGUAACAGAAAAGGGGAGCUGAGGCCGAGGCUGGCAAAAUGGCCCACAAACAGAGCCAGAGGCCUCCGCAAGCCUCGCGGGCCCGUGAAUGGUCCAAAGUUUGAGUCUUGGGGUUGUCAAGGGUGGACUGGCGGGCGGGGAGUGCAGGGGAAGCUUGACCGAGACUUGAGUCAGCCGAGAAGUAUGCAACUAUGGGGGCAAAUUAACCCCUGGGGGCUCCCGCCUCCCAGCCGGCCCAGGUCCUCAUGACCCAACCACUCAUUAGAGGUCACACCAGCCGGGCCAGUUUCCCAGGCCCAUUCCCAGCUGGGCUGGGCCGGGCAAGGACGGGUGGGGAAGCAAACAGCUGAAUUCAUCAGGGACUCUACUGUCUCAAAGAGACAGUCCCCACCCUGGACUGUGGCCCGGCUCCGUGAGGAGGGCCACUCCGAAAGCCUCGGACGGGGUCUUGCCCAUACGUCAAUGGGCCAUAAUCUCAAUUGUAGGAUGAACAACGACAAAAACUCUCAGCUGCUCUCUGGGAUAGGUGGUUGUUCACACCCCGGCUGUGCCAAGAGCUAACGCUCCACCCGCCCCCAGCCUAUGCCUCUUGGCAAAGUUCGCUAUCUAUGGGGAAAGAAAUAACGCCCUGCCUCUUAUCUAGUUCCCAAAUCCCUGUGGUGGCUGGUGUCCAUUAGGGGACCGCCAGGGAAGGGCUCCCCUGUAUAGGGGAUAUUUGGGAAGCAGGGAGGGCUGAUUGAAAACACUUAUGGACUUCUUUUUGCUCCUUUCCAGACUCAAAAAGAGCAUAGGUGCUAUUUGUGGGGGCGGGGGGGGGGGGUAGGGAACAGGUGGAUUCAUGGGGAACAUAUUUAUUACAAGACUCAAAAUGUUAAAUUUACGAAGACUCUAAUGAGUCUGUUUUAUUUAAGCUCAGUCAGACUGCUUUCAACAGUGUCAUUGAAUUUCUGGGGACUUGACUCUAGUCUUUUCAGAUUCUGUUGUGUUUGCCAAAGGCUAAUUUCAAAAAACCUGUGGUGUUUUCAUGUCAUUCAUUCAGUGGUGACUCACAGCUGGCACUUCUUUUAUUUUCAAAGAACGCCGAAAGUUAUUUUUUAAAUAAAGGUAUAUAUUUUCCCAAA